AUGCCGCGAAACAAACGAGGUGGCGCUCGGGGGAGGGGCAAUUUCAGUUCACCUAGAGAUGGCCGCGGAACACCCAAUCCUGGAACCUCUUUUGUACCAUUUGCUGGCGCAUAUGUUCCACAGAGACCUCAAACUGGCAUAACUCUUCAAGAAGAAGCUCGUAAUACCGAACGCCAUCAUUCAUCCUGGAACUCUGAUCCAAGAUUGAGGGACACAAAAGUGAGCUUUGUCAGCGCUGGCGAGUUCAAACCGCCCGAUCUCAUCAAAGAUUCCGAGGAAGCUUUGGCUGAAAUGACCUUGGAGUCCGCAAAACUACCCAAAGAAAGCUUUGCCCAAGACGUACAAAUGGCGGAUGGCGAAAACCUCAUGGCUGCACCAUUCUCGUCGUUCAUGAUAGAUACCCAUGGCAGCAAGCCGUUUGAGACUGGUCUCGCACCUCCACGCUUACGAUCGAUCUCUCCAGCUCGGUCCGACUCAAGCGAAGAAGUCAUACUCUUCCACGGACGCGGUCAAUCAGGGAAAGGAGAUACCAGAAUCGAACACGACCCCCCAGUAUGCACGGAUCCAAUUGAUGCCAGGAUCAAGAUGGUUGAAGACAAACUUCUCAAGCAACGAAAACUAUUAGAAGAGACGUUAGAUGAAAAUGAGGCAUCCUUAGAGUCCAUUCCAGCCGAGUUGGCGGAGGCUUUGAACAGGGAGACGUUUCUGGCUGCGAUGCCACACAAGUUGGCAGAUUCUUCUUCUCCUGACUUCGAGGCAAUCCUACCUAAGCGUCAAAAUAAAAGUCGACAUCAAGGUCGACGGACAACCCGAGAGACUGACGAUAGUGAUGAAGAGGACGCCAUGAUUGCUGACUAUAUUGCAAAUAUGGAUCAGGAACAAGACAUGGAUAAUAUCGAUCAAACUAUUAAUAAACGUGAAUUGGGGGGUGAUGAUGAUGCUAUUUGGAAAGAUGACUCUUCUGUGGAAGAAGUCCAAGUUUCUGAUCAACCUAUACGGCAUGGAUGGAGUCGAACAGAAUUGCAGGAUCUCGAUGAUUUAAGUACAUCUGAUGAAGCCCGAGGCAAAGUACGAACUGUUUUAUCCAAGAGGCAUCGUGUUGGCGGUGUGCAGUACUUGAUCGUCUGGGAACAUCAAGAUGUAGACGAAGCCAGAUGGGUUCCACUGCAUGUGCUACAAGACUCCGGUGCGCUACCUCUCAUCGAAGUCUUCGAAGCCGAAGAGAAGCUGAUCGCCGAAUUUCAAAGCAAUGGAGACGAGGACAGUGAUGAUUCCGAUGAUACUGGCGUUGAUAAUGAUGAUGACGACGACCAUGAUGAUGAGCAGGAUCUAGUUCAAAGGAGGAUCAACAGCAUGGACGAUGAACAAAUUGCGAGACUGCUAAGUAAGCAGGAGGAACUUGGUAUGGGUGGAGACGAGAUUCUGCUGUUCGAUGAUGAUGUUAAAGAUGAGGAUGAAGAAGUUGAAGCAUCCACGGCUGAUCUCGGCAGCUUUAUACUAUCAGGCAGAAGAGGUAGAAAGGAAAGACAACGGCGCCAAGGCGAAUUUCCGUCUGCAACUCCAUUGGCCGAUGCUUACGAUGGGUUUGAUGUAAUGGACUUUGAUCGACCUAGUCUCAAAAAGAGGCCCAAGGGUCGCAAAGGAAAAUUGGUUCUUGACGAUAUCUCGGAUUCAGAGCUCGAGGCAUCGAUGCAGUCAGCAUGGGGCAAUGAUCGUAUCAAGAAGAAGGAGAGAAAGCAAGAGCGUGAAAUAUUACGUGCACAAGGUCUACUGACUGGCAAACAUGGCAAACCCGAUAUGAAGGCAAGAUACAAGGAAGGUAUGAGUAUUGAUGAUGUCAAGGAAGAAAUUAAGGAGUUCUUGAAGGGUGAUAAUACUACGCUUUCUCUCCCUGCAAUGGACAAAGCCGAUCGUAAAUUUGUUCACGAAAUCGCCAAUGCCUUCAAAUUGAAGUCUAGGUCAGCCGGUGCAGGCAAUAAGCGUUAUCCCAUUUUGUACCGCAGUUCAAGAACAACCGUCUAUGGAGAGCGUGCCUACGAAGCUGCAGCAUCGAAACUCUCACGACGCUUUCUUCCUCGUAAUGAUGUGGGUGGAAGGAGAGCGGGCGCUGCGCCCAGGCGCGGUGGUCGAGGUGGGGGUUUUGGUGCAGCUAGCUAUCGUGAUGGUGAUGUGGUCGGUGCCUCGGCUCCUGAGCUGGGUGUUGAGAACAAAGGAAGAGCGAUGCUGGAGAAGAUGGGCUGGAGUGCUGGUACAGCUCUUGGUGCUCUCGAUAAUAAGGGAAUCCUACAACCCGUUUCCCACGUUGUAAAAACAACGAAAGCGGGUCUGGGAUAA